GACGGUAGGGCGAGAGGAUUGACACAGACGGGUGGAUAGACGGGUGCGGGCGGGUGGAGAACGGAUGGGUUGCUAGGGAAGCGAUUCCCUCGCAGCAGCGACGUUCAGCGUUUCCGCGACGUAACCGUCGCCGACCGCCGACGUUGUCUUUCGAGGAUUCGCUUCGCAACCGUAAGCAAAUUCUCGACAAUUGUCAGGGCAGACGUUACUACUCCUGAAGUUGUCGUGCGAUAACGCGUCGCGUUGCUCCGAUUCGGCGUCGUUCCCAGACGUAGGUACGCGUAAUCGAGGUCGUAAUCGACAUAUCGCAAACUGAAAGGCCGUAGAUAACAGGAAUAGAUAAUGGAGUCCGAUGACGAGGACAUAUUCGCUAUUAGCGACGAGGAUAUGGUCUUGCCGGCGCGAAUCGAGCCGGUGAAUCCUGUCGAGGAGCAUCUAUUGAAGCAGCUCGCCGACAUCGAGGGUAGGAUCAACGUCGCGACGAGCGAAAUCUCCGAGACAAAGGCGACCAUUGCAUGCGUUUUGAACGCCCUGGAAUGGCGCGCGCUUCACGGGGAAGAUGCGAAUUCGGGCUCGGACAACGAGAUGUAUACUGCCGAAGGAGUACCUGUGAUAAAGAAACAGCGAUGCAGCAACACUAGUAGCCCAGAAAAAAUAUUGGAAGUAACCUCACUAUGGCAAUGUGUUCUUCAGGAUAAAUGGAUUAUUGGAGUAGAAUUGUACAACAGAUCUUGCUGCACGCUGCUCAACCCCAGAUAUUAUCCAUACGUAUUAUCCACAUCGGACGAGGAGAUUUUCGGCGAUUCGAUGUUCUGGAAAUUGAAAGAAGGAUAUUUUUUCCAUUCGGAAAAAAUUAACUCGAUCCAUCCCGGAGCCGUUGUGGCGACAGUAGUGCUCGAUCUACCGACGUUCGAUCAGGAACCUGUCAUCAAGUGCUGGGGUAUAAUCUCAUACGAGAUCGAUGAGACACAAUUCCAAAUCCCUCUGCCGACCAUUGAGCUCUCUAUCGACGAAACGAUCAAUAGUUCAUGUAUAAGAUUUUUAAAUGAAAGCGAACGUAGUGCGAUAUUAGCCUUGAAAAGCACAUCUACCAUAGAGAAGAUCUUUAAUAUUCAGACAGACGAUCGAGACAAUCAAGAUGAUCGAAAUGGGUUCGGCAAUAAAUUCUUUCGUUUCUUAACCGCGAGAACCUUUACAAAAGUUUGGGACAAUAUUUUCUUGGUGAAAGAACACGGCUGUCUGAUGUAUUGUUUGGUUGAGAUACAAUCGAUCGAUGUCAACAAAGCGAAUAUCAGGAUCUUUGCCAGAUCUGUCAAUCAGCUGAACGUAAUAUUUCAUCUUCUACAAAAUGAAUUUCCGGAUGUAUCUGUUGCGGAGGAGACGGAUGAUUGCGUUGAGGCUGCGAAAGCUUUGAUACACGAGUUAGAGAUGAUUCGCGAUAAAAAAAGCAUCCUCGAGAUACAAGAAGCGAAAGUGAUAACAGACUUGCUUAUUCCUUAAGUUCUAUUUAGCAUUGUAUAUAAAAGAUAUUCUUAGAU